AGCCUAGCUCUGAGCCAGUGUGGCGGGGGCUCUGUGCCCCCCCGCCCGCAUGGAAGCCGGGAGCUGGGCUCCCAGAAGGUGGCCCUGCCCGCCUGGGAUUGUGCUGCUGGCCUUGGCUUCUGUCCUCAGCAGCCUGCUCUCCUCCGGCCAGGCCAGGGUCUACAGUCGCUGCGAGCUGGCCAGGGUGCUUCAGGAUUUCGGCUUGGAGGGAUACCGAGGCUACAGCCUGGCUGACUGGAUCUGUCUUGCUUACUUCGCAAGCGGCUUCAACACAGGUGCCGUGGACCACGAAGCUGAUGGAAGUACCAACAGCGGCAUCUUCCAGAUCAACAGCCGAAAGUGGUGCAAAAAUCUCAACCCCAAUGUCCCAAACUUGUGCCAGAUGUACUGCUCCGACUUACUGAAUCCCAACCUCAAGGAUACUGUUAUCUGUGCCAUGAAGAUAACUCAAGACCCCCAAGGUCUGGGCAGCUGGGAGGCAUGGAGGCAUCACUGCCAGGGCAAAGACCUCAGUGACUGGGUGGAUGGCUGUGAGCUGUAG